CCGUAGCGCCGCCGCCCCCUUCCCGGCAGCGUCGCCCUUCACCCCCGCGGCGGAGCAGCGGCAGGGGCUACCGUGACGUCUCGCGGAGUCGCGUGGCGGCCGGCUGACGCACGCGGAAGCGGCCGCCAGGCGCUGCUUGCGAUUGUGCCACAGCGGCGGACCGCGGCUCCGGGGCGAGGGCGCGGGGGAGGUGCCGGCAGCGCGCAUGCGGCGCGGAGAUGGAGCCCUGUGGGAGAGCUCAGCCAUGACUUCCAAGCCUGAGCUUGCACAAGGCUUCAGCCUGAGCUGAAGUUUACCUUUGGGAUGUAGAAAACUAGUUAAGAUCAUGUGCAGGCUGGCACCAAUGCGAUUAUAUACACUGUCCAAACGGCAUUUUGUCCUGGUCUUUGUAGUAUUCUUUGUUUGUUUUGGUUUGACAGUCUUCAUAGGAAUAGCAGGUCCUAAUGUAAUUGAAACUUCCGUAGCAAGAACUGACUUAAAUAACAGUCUGAAGCUGAGGCCAUUUAAUUUAAGUUCACCACCACUGUCUACUUACAAUCAGCAGCUGUGGCUGACCUGCGUAGUUGAGCUGGAUCAGCAUGAUGUAUCCCUCAAAAAGAAUGUUACUAUGACAGUCAAAGUGCUUGGAGUGGUGAAGGAUGGAAGCACGCCAUAUGUUAAUAAUCAAGUUCACAACCGGACAAGAUUACUCAGCUGUGCACAAAAAUGUACUGAAAUCAUUGUUGCUCAUCUUGGCUACCUGAAUUACACUCAGUACAACAUAUUUGUUAACUUUGAAGAUCUAAAUAAGUUGACUUAUACUAUCCAAAAUAUUACUUUCACAUGGAAGACCUACAAUCCAAAUUUUUCACAGGUGGAAAUCUGGUUCCGAUUUGUCUUUGUGGUUCUUACUUUCAUGGUCACGUGUCUGUUUGCACAUUCUCUACGAAAAUUUUCCAUGAGAGACUGGGGUAUUGAACAGAAAUGGAUGUCCAUCCUUCUUCCCCUCCUGCUACUUUACAAUGAUCCAUUUUUCCCCCUUUCUUUUUUGGUGAACAGUUGGUUUCCUGGGAUGCUUGAUGAUCUAUUCCAGUCACUGUUCUUGUGUGCAUUGUUGUUGUUCUGGCUUUGUGUCUACCAUGGUAUAAGAGUGCAGGGGGAAAGGAAGUGCUUGACUUUCUAUCUGCCCAAAUUCUUUAUUGUUGGACUAUUGUGGCUGGCCUCUGUUACAUUAGGAAUAUGGCAAACUGUUAAUGAAGUACAUGAUCCUACAUACCAAUACAGGGUUGACACAGGUAAUUUCCAGGGAAUGAAAAUCUUCUUCCUUGUGGUGGCAACCACGUACAUUCUCUACCUUUUAUUCCUGAUAGUGAGGGCAUGUUCAGAACUUCGUAACAUGCCUUAUGUUGAUCUCAGGUUAAAAUUCCUGACUGCAUUAACUUUUGUAGUGCUCAUCAUUAGCAUUGUUAUACUCUAUCUACGCUUUGGAGCACAAGUUCUACAGGACAACUUUGUUGCUGAACUGUCGACUCACUAUCAGAAUUCAGCAGAAUUCUUAUCAUUUUAUGGCUUAUUGAACUUUUAUCUCUACACAUUAGCCUUUGUGUAUUCCCCCUCAAAGAAUGCGCUGUAUGAAUCACAAUUGAAAGACAAUCCUGCUUUUUCUAUGCUGAAUGAUUCAGAUGAUGAUGUGAUUUAUGGGAGUGACUAUGAAGAAAUGCCACUUCAGAAUGGCCAAGCUAUUAGAGCCAAGUAUAAAGAAGAAUCAGACAGUGAUUGAUUAAAUGUGGUCAGACUUGCUCAGCUGGGAUCAAAGCAACUUUUUAAGUUUUCCUGGAUGGACCGUUUUCUUAGCUUUCUUACAGCCUGUUGUUGUUAUCUGAACACUGUCUCCCAGGAAUGACAUCUCAUUUCUAUUUCUGUUUACAAAGUGAAAACUGAAAAAAAGAAUGCUUGAAAAGGUUGUGGUGGAAACUUAAACCAAAUUUUUUUUACAGGUCUUAUAAAAUGUCUGAUAGCAGGAUGUCUGUGGACUAAAAUCUUUAAGUCUAUUUCCAUUUAGAAGUGUCAAUGAUUAUAUGUUGAUUUUAAAAUUGCUUCCUCGCUCUGUGUGUGUUUUUUUUCUUUUUUUUAAGGAUUAUAUACAGCAUACUGUCUGUAAUCUCUUGCACUUGUGCUAGCUCUUUUGAAUAUUCCUCUUUUCCUUUUCUAACUUACUCAUUUGAGCUGGAUGCAGGGAAUGAUGUGCUUUAGUUUUUUUUUUUUAAUUAUUAUUAUUACUAUUAUUUUUUAAAAAUGCAAGAAAAGACAAGCUUUCUGUUUCUCUUUUGAAGAAGCAAUAUUGAUUUAAAACCUUUGAGUUAAUUUGUUUGUCAGGUGUGUUGUAAGUGCAAGAUAUGUACAAAUAGUCAAGUUCUACUGAGCCAAAAUAUAGACUCAAUAGUGUGAAAUAAUUUGUGUAGUAUAGGUUUAACAUGCUUUACCACCACAACAAAAGCAUUUCCCUGAUCCCCGCCCCCUCCCGCCCUCCAAACAACCCUUUCAAAUGAAACUAUCUAGGCAGCAGCAAAUCUCAGAAGGAAGCACAGUACUAUUCAGUCUGAUUUUUCUGUAUCCCGGAGAAGAUUGUUACACUUACAAAGUAUACUGCAUAAAGUUUCAUAGGGAAGUACAGUUGCAUAUUCCUUAACAUUUCAUUUUUAGAGGCUUUUUCUGCAUCAAGAUUUUCCAUGUAGUUUUGAGUAUUAACAGGGCAGUUAAUCUAUGUUCUAGGAACAAUCACGGCUACUUGUGUUGAACUUGCGUAAAAGUUAGCUUCUGAGCAUGUUCUUUGCAUACUUCAACUACUUUUUCCUUAGGCAUACCACAAUUGGUACCUAUAUAGGAAGGUAUUUUUACAAGUACUUUUUGUGAUUAUCUGUGUUCCAGUCUGUGCUGGCACAGAGUUAUAUGGGAAUUCAGUAUUCCUACUACAAUGUUGCUGCUCCUGUAUUUCAAAAAUGUUUUUUUUCACUAGUCUCCUACACGACCAUUCAAUUCUGUAUUUAAGUGAAUGCUGUUCAUUUCUAACUACUUUGUAUACUUUGUAUUUGACCUGCCUGAAAGUCUCUCUUUUCAUGGAUUUGUAAUUGCUAUAUACUCUUAUAAAAUUUCUCUGCCUCGCUGCCGUAUAGAAGACUCUAAAAAAGCAAUGACAGUGAUAUGAAGAAGCAAUGGCAAAAGCAUUAGACAGUGAUACCGGCUUACACUAGGGAAUUGUGCUCGUGAUUGAACUAGCUUAAGCGUAAGAAUGCAAUGAAGUCCUACUAGAUUUUCUGGAUCAUACUGGGGGAAAAAAGUGUAGAUUUGUUCUGCAUUUAAACUACACCUGUUCUAGACCACUCCAGUUAUUGCAACUGGAGUUGCACACAGUGUCUUGGUACCUGUUCAAGAUCAUUAAGGAUCAUAGGAGUGCAGCUUGCUUACAGAGGACCAAAGGAACUGCUUCAUGUAGUUGCAUCCUUGCUGUCGUAAAAAUAGUUCAGAUUAAAUCAGUGUGCUGUUGAAGAUGAGUGUGGUAAGAUACUUACUGUAUGUGUAUGUGAAAGCUUUCUGAAAUUACACAGAGCUGUGAAAUUUUUCAAGGAUGUUUGUAAUUUAAAGCUUACGUACCAAGAAUCAUUUAUUUGGUAGAAGCCGAAGUACUAUCAUAUGGAUAAAGUAAGAAGAUUGCUGGAAAAAAAGAAGGCUUUUUCCUUUCUUAAUUAAUAGGUGUUAGUUUAGAACAACACAUGGGAAAAAAUUAGAGGUGUUUCAAGUUAGUGAGGUUGGUUUUUUUUGGUGAACUGUAAUAAGCUAUACCCCUAUUAUUUCCUUUUAGACUUUUUUUUUUUUAAUAAGUAUGAGAGAUGAUCUUUUUAUCCUAAAAGAGCAGAAUCCAUUCUCAUUUUUAUUAUUCCCCAGAUGACUGUCUUAGGUAUACAGCUGUUUGAAUUUGCAGUCAGAAUUGGGAGCCAACUAGAGGGCCUUCAUGUACCCCAAAUCCCUUUGACUUCCAUUGGAGUAGCAGUAAGUACAGGAAUUAGGUUUUCAGAAAUCAAGAUCUACAUGAUCCUGAUGUAUUCAGCUCUCUUUGGCUCUAUUCUAAAUUGUUUUGAAUAGAUAAAAUGUUUUUAUUUGACAAAUAUGCAAAGUGUACUAAUGUUACUUAUCACAAUCUGAGCUGGUUGUUACAAUUACCCCCAAAAUAGUGUCAUGUUUUGGGAUUUCAUUAACUAAAGAAAACAUUUUUAAUCUAACCUUGAGAUGAUUUUUUUCUAAGCUGUUCUCAGCCCAUUUCAUUUGCCAUUUUGUCUGCAUUAACUUUUCUACAUCACUGCAUUUAAAAUGGAAAUAGAAUUGGUGAAAAGGAGAAAUGUACAUUUCAAAAAAGUAUCUCACUACAAAAAUAUUAAUAUCCUUAACAUUUUUUUUUAGAUAUUAUGUUUAACCAAUUUUGGUCGUGCAAAUAGUUUUGUAUUUCAAAAGUGUUUGAGCAUGACAACAAACUUGGCCAAAGCACCAGGGCAUCAAAUUCAAUACAUAGUAAAAAGGCAAAAGCAGUGAAGCAGAUCAGGAAAUAGUUUUUCUAGCAAGAAAUUUCACUUUCACUCUUCUUAUUUGUGAACAAUUGGAAAGCAGAGACGGUAUUUGAGGAAUGUUACAGUACAGAUUGUAAAGAGCUUGGGAGUAGGUGGCAUAAUUCACUUCUGAGUGAUGUGUGAUGCUUUAGUAACCUACAGGUGAAACAAAAGUGAUCUGGAUAAGAGACUAAUCUGGCUUUGAUUUAGUUAACACUAAAGUAAUUCGGUAUUUCUAACCCUAUUGUAACUGUAUAAAAUGAGAAAAGUAUACAAACUGGCCCCACGGUAUACAGAGUUACUGCUCCAGAUGAGAUGCCUUUUAUUAAGUAAGUGCAAGAGUUUCAUGUUCACAGUGACCAAGAGAGACUUUUAAGAAAUCAGUUAUCAUUGAGUAUGAACCAUUCAUGGCAACCUUUUCCUGUAUUAUUUACUUGAAAAAUACAGUUGGUGUUGGAAACUUUCCUAGGACUGGCAAAGAACAGGAAGCGUAAGGCUCAACACCAGUAAGGAACAGCCAGUCCAACAGACCCAUGAACUGAUCUGGGAAAAAAUGGCUGUUUCCAGCUAGAAGACUUUGGUUUUUCUCUUAGUCGAGACAACUUUGUAUCCAUAGUGACAUAGUUUUUGCCCACUUCCUUUUGCUUAUGCCAGUAAUAACUUUUGCAUUACUGUAAAACUUUUCUUAAAGUUUGUAAAUAUGUAAAAUGAAGCUAAAAUAUGGAAAACUUGUGUACCAAAAUGGUAUCAAAUGUGUAAGAUAAAUGCUCUGUUUAAUGAGAAGCUGUUAAUAAAAUGCUGCUUUGAAAAAGUGUGCAUGGGGAAUCUGUUGAAUAUUCUGUGUUUAGAAGCUGUGUAAUGGCAGUAAAUUACCAAAUUAUUAUGUUGCCGGUAUGUUGUUGAACUUCAUCCUGAUACGGAAUACGAAGCAAAGCUAACAUUUUACUUCAAGCAAAAGUUGAGUGCUUAGUUUCUUUGAAGACUUCAUGUGCAUAAUCAUUGUUAAAUAUGUUCAUAAUAAAGUUUUAUAUCUUUA